CGUUUACGUAGAAAAGACAGAUGUGUUCACAACCACGAUGGGUGAUGAUUAUUUGAUAUUGCGAGAAGAUGGUUAUAUUCGCAUGAACUUUCCUGUUACUUCAUUAACUUACCAUAGUAAUUUAAAUAUUAUAUUGGUAAAAACAGAUUUGGGUGGUGUGCACGUUUUAGAUGUAAAUUCGGGAGUGAUCCUUCAAUCGUCUUGUCUUUCUGCAGACGAAGGAGGUGCUCUAGGAAUAGAAUAUGCAUCUGGUGCCGAUCGUGUAUUUCUUUGGGACAACAGUGCUGUAGGCGCUAGAACUGACUAUAAUGGGGUACUGCUACUUCAUACAGUCUUACAACGUCCUUUACCUUCGUCACAGGCCGAUAAUAAUGUCAGAUUGGAACUUGUUCUCUCAGAGGCUGUGCUCCUAUAUCAAUGUGUUCAAGGCUUAGACACUCAUUCCAUUGAAGGUUUGGGUGAUUUCUUAGUUGAAUUAAAAAGAUCUAUUGAUGUUGAACCAGUAAGAAAAGGAGUUAAAGCACAAAAAUGGAGCACAGUUACUUUGAGCAUACCACAAUCCACACUUCGUCUUGUAAUGGCUGGAGUUGUUCAAGAAUUAAAAGGCCAAAACAGAAGGAUACCGGCUCUUGCAAUUGCUUCUGCAGUUGGACAAAGAGCCAAUGAACUUAUGCCUAGUAUACGAGAUGAGGAGUCAAGAGCAUUGAUGCAUUCAGAAGCAGAACGAAAGGAAACAUUUAAGAGGUGGCCACAUAUGGACUACAAGUGGGCUCUACCAGCAAGAAUGGCACAAGCUGGAUUUUACCAUCAACCUUCACCUAGUGGCGACGAUAGGGCGAUGUGUUUUACAUGUAUGGUGUGUUUGGUUUGUUGGGAGAAAUCUGACGAUCCUUGGGUAGAGCAUGAAAGACACUCGCCCAAUUGUCCAUUUGUCCGGGGAGAAUAUACUCAUAAUGUUCCAAUUUCUGUCACCAAUGCAACAUCAUGUGCAGUACCAUGUUCGAAUGUCUGUGUCGUAUCAAAAGGAAAUACUGGAGACAUGAUUGCUACAGGAACCAGAGACGGCAAAGUUAAUGUAUGGAAGUUUGAUUGUGGUCUUAAAUUGACAAAGUUUAUACAUCUAUCACCCUAUGACUCCAUAUUUAGUGGCAUUUUAACUACAGACUGUAAUAAAGUUUGGUCAACCAGUUUAGAAAAGGAUACAUCCACUUAUGGAAUAAAACUUACUGCAAUGACAUUUCUUGGAAUGAACUCACAACAGGAAUAUAAUCAGGGACAAAAUUCUGAUAACUCUGAAAAAGAAAAUACUAGUACCAAAACAAAACCUUCCCUUGUAUGUGCAGUAACCAUUACUAGAACUAAUUCACCACUAUCCGACCAGCCUAUUCAGGAUGAUUCUAGAAAGGCACUUUUUGAUUCCGGGGAGCCAAAUAAUUCCAAGGGAAGUAUAGAAGCAAUGAACGAUCAAAACGAAGCAAAAAAUAAUGUACCGUGUUCAAAUAAAAUGUUAUUCCUUUUAACAUAUGAUAUAUUUAGUUCUCUAGCUGGGUCAAUUACUACAGUAGUUCAAACCUCAAAUAGUAGCGGUAACUCUAAACCGGGAGGCAGCAAGAAAGUAUACACCGUACAGAGGACUGACGAUGCUAAUAUUUACGACGAUAUUUACUUCCAAUUCUCCGACGAGGAUACAGAGCUUCCGCAGUGCACAAAUAAUUUAUUAGACGAAACGAUCAGCAACGUGAUAAACCUAAAUGCUUCAUCUAGUAAAGAAGAUUGUAAAAUAUGGGACUCCAAGAAAUCUGUCUACACGAAACAUUUAAAAGUUUUGCCAUCACCGCCGACGGCGCUCCUGCCUGAACUCGUGCCUGAUUCUGGACAACCAUGUAUGCUCGAUUUCGUUGGAAAGAUUUCACAAAUAAAAAGUUGGAAAAGUGGACACCUGGAAUCGGUCGGAACGAAAGUUGUCGAUCAGACUGACGCUAGUCAAGGCGAUAUCCCAACGUUUACGCAGUACUUGAACAUGGCGGGUCAGGGGCCACUAGAAAUAUCCGAUCUGAAGUGGUAUGAAGGUAGUGAGGUCGCAGAAAAAGUGACCGUGAAAUUCGCUGGAAGUAAAGUAGGCACACAGACUGCAGUGAGUAAUAUGAAUAAUGAUGGUUUCGAAAGUGAUCCACCCCAAGAGGAUGUAGUCUCGCAAGGGAUUGCUGUACAGUGUCUCAGUCUUCCGAACAAUCUAAAUAUAGACGAAGAUUCAAGAGUAACUCAUAUUCUUCCCACUGAAGACAAAGAACACUUGUUGAUCGUUAUAUCUACUAUCGAUCCGAGUCUAAUAAAAUUGGUCGAAGAAUCAGAUCUAGACAGUGAAAGCAAAAUGGAAGUAGACGAGUCGUCAGACUUCGACCCUAAAUCUGAUAGAUCCGAUCUCGACCCAAAAUCAGAUAAAUCUGAUCAAGAUCCAAAAUCCUACCGAUCUUACAAACCUGAUCAUGGGCAUCCCAAAUUUUAUAAGUCCUUUAAAUCCGAAAAUAGCGAUUCACAAAGGCUAAGCCAAUCUUAUAUGCUGCUAUAUAAAAUUAAUAAUAAAACUUCAAUUUAUACUUUGGAGGACAAUCCUACUUCAGUUAAAGAGUUACCAUUUAACGAGAGCCCUGUCGAUUUAUGUCUUCUACCAAUCAAUAAGGAAAACGAGUAUACUUUCGCUGCCGUCGGAUUCGAUGGGAAUCUGCGUUUGUACUCUUUGCCAGAUUUUAAUUUACUAUCAGAGAAGAAUGUUCCAAAAGGCCAAUUUACAUCUGUCGUGUACUGCGCUUCAGUGGACCGUCUCAGCGUCUCCACCAAACAUGGAAUGAUAUAUUUCUAUGCAUUGAAUAACUCUGAAAAAGAUUCCACUGACGAUGUCAACGAAGACGAGCUGGCCAACUUAGAUUACGACAUGCUACAGCUCCGCGAUGAAACACCCGGUUCUCCGCCGCCAGUUAUUAUUGCCAACAAAUCGUAUUUAUCUACGAGCGACCUAAGAUCUUUAAUGGACCUUACAGGUUUUUACGGCUUAAAUAGCACCGUUCCAUAUAGCGCCGUGGUUCCGGGAUUCUGGUGCGAGCUUUCACCGGCCCAACGCUCUAGAUUUGAACAUCAAAACAACAGGUCGUGGCGACUCCAGAACACGUCGUCGACGUGGGACGAGCACGUACUCGAGUUGACUUUACCUUACAGCGCGUUACUAUCGCACAUCGAAUUUAGCUUUAUUUUACAUGCGGCCGGGUCAGUUAAUUUACCUAUAAUACAGGUAACUCUAUUGAAACAAAAUCUGCACGGAAUAGGAUAUAAAAAGGAUGCCUCGUUUAGUCACAUAACAGAAUUGGUUACUCGGUUGUCGGAGUCGCCGGAUCAAUAUCCCGUCAUAGAGGCAGAUUUAUCGAACUUAGAAAAUCCAGUAAACAGUGAGGAGUACCUUCAAGCUCACAAUGCCGAGAUUUUAGCGGGACCUUUGUUAUUAUCUUCCGGCUUGGACAUGACUCAACAAGCUGGCAAAUUGUUGCUAACUAGUCCGAGAUUGUAUCGGGCCCGGGGCCGAACGUUUUUAAUUCACAUUAAAACCUUAUUCGAUCCGGCCAAGGACAUGUCCAAGGGAUCUAUAAAAUCAGGUGAAAGUAGCGCAAAGAAAUCAGGAUUUAUCGGGUGCGAUUGGUUGCAUCAAAUAUCGAUUACCGUUUGGGCGUGUCCACAUACCGACGUGCCCUUAGAGAGACAACAAAGAAUUGCUAUGUUAGAAUCAAAAACAUUUUUGCAAACAUUGUGCGAUACAGCCAUAGGUACCUCUGUUAUCGAAAAGAAGAAACUAGCUCUGGACCUGUUAAAUUGGGUCAUAUCGGUGAGACUCCAACGCAUACGACUCGCAAAAGUGGACCAAGAUAAGGAUGCCCCGACUCCAAUGGAAGCACAGCAGCUGGAGUGCAUACAAGAAAUUACCCACUAUCUACCCGAGCUAAUUAAAAACUGCAUUUUAUGCGGCAACAGAAGCAUCGCGAAGAAGUGUGUCAAAAUAAUAUUGAUAACGAGCGAAGGUGCAAGUCAACUACCGAGGCCUUGGAAGACGGAUUUUGAUUCAGCAUUGACAAAUGUUCUGAUUUCCUGCAUACCUUUGGUGGGUGUUUGCGACUCACCCGGGGCUCUGAAGUGGUUCAUGGCGUUAUACACGACGCGAGCUACCAGAGGCUACAACCCGGAUCUUGUUACGUGCGGGACGACGCUGCUAGAACAUGUAGCCCGUUGUUUGCGAGACCGAGACGAUCAGUAUCAUCAAUUAUUACGAGCCAGGUUCGGGUUAUACGGCCUACCUCUGGAGCGCAACGUGUUCGCGACGGACGUGCCGGAGCUCGGCAAGGGGUCGUCGAUGGCGAUCACGUACGCGAGCGUGCUGUCCGGCGAGGCGGCCUCGUCGCCCGCGCCCAAACAGGACUACCAACUUAAAGAUUUACUCAAUCUCCCUCUAGAUGAGUGUAAAGGCGGCACCGGAGGGUGGUGGGCAGGUGCGGGCGCGGCGGCGGCGUGCGCGGGGCUGGCGGAGGCGUUACCGCUGCACGUCACAUGCCACCUCGCGUCAGACGGCACCAAGCUGGAGUCGGCCACGCCGCGAGUACCCCCGCCCGUCGUCAGCGCGCAUCCGGCUGACACGCACCAGCUCUGGUCCGUUGUCAAAGAGGGUCAGCUGAAAGAAUCGUGUCGAGACGGUGACUCGUUAGAUCUCGAAAGCUCAAUGAUGGAUUGUGAUUCCGAACAAAAACUUGAAGUCAACGAUGAAAAAUUGUUUAAGGCUCAGGAGCAGGAGCAUUGCAACAUCCCGUGGGCGGCGCUGGUGACGCGGCCGCCGCAGCAUACGCUGGUAGUCGAGCGCAUGCACUCGGGCGCGCGAAGAUACGUCGUGCUAGACUUCGGGCACAGAGUGCGCCUUACCGAUGUGAUAAUCCCGAUGUGCUCCGACCUGGUAACGCUGUGCAUCGAUAUCUGGACGGUGGGCGAGGAGACGGACUGCGUGAAGCUGGCCUUCGCUACGGAUAUCGCCACCAAACACCUCGUGCUCACAGACCUGCAGCCGCCGGCGUACGCGAGAUACAUGAAGAUAACAACUAUUGGACGAUAUGGCAUGUCUGCUAUGAAGUGUAGAAUACCUUUGGGUUGGUUCUUCGGCGAAAUAACUGAAGUGGCGAACGUCCAGGCAUCAGUGAACGCUCUAAGCGCGCUCCACCAAGACUUGACGUGUCGGUUUCGGUUGGCAACAGGAAAAUUAAUAGAUUUACUUAAUCCAUAUUUGGAAUUAUACAACGGUAACGCGGUGCACAUGAUGGCAUACCUCAAUCAAGGAAACGACACGGAUCCUAAAGUCAUCACAGCAUACCAAGAGUGUAUCGAACUACAAUCACAGUUGCACAACUGCACAAACAUUUUGAAAAAGCUACAGAAGACAUCGACGAGCAAUGUUAAAGCCUUAGAAGCUGUCAAUUGCGGAGUUGUUACCGCAGAGGCACUUCUAGAGAAAGCUUCUACUGAUAAAUUGCGUGUGAUUGCGGAGAACGUAAUAGAUAUGUUGCUUUAUUACUUGUACCACAAUCAGCUAACGAAUUCCGAGAGCCAAGACGAUGAUGAGGAGGAGAAUUCGUGUGGCAGUGGCAUAUCUGAGGCGUGGGUCCGCGGCGUAGCGGCACUGGGCGUGGCUGCGCCCGCACGCACCGCCGCCGGCGCGUGCACGCUGCUCGCGCGCGCCGCCGCCGCGCAGCCCUGGUGGGGGACGCUUUUAGCGGACUUGCUCGUGGGACCUUUUGCCGAUCGUGACGCGCCGCCUUGCCCUCUCGAUAGAUGUCUGGCGGCCGUGAUGUUCAUGGCGCGCAAGAGCAUGUACGCGCACCGCGGCGAUAGUGGGGGCGUGGCGGCGGCGCUGUGUGAGCGCGCGUUACAGCAGCUGUCGGAGCCGAGUGCCCAGCCCCCGCUGCUGUCCGCGCUGUUGACCGUCCUAGCCGGCGUACUCGAUGCCGCUCUAGACACGGCGCGAGAUGCCAGAUGGGAUUGGGUAACUGGAGGGCGACCUAAAAACGUAUGUUCCGACGGCACCACAACACCACCACCGCGCACCGUAGAGUGUAAAGUGCAUCGACGCAAAUUGCACUCGAAGCCGUUACAUAAGAUGCCUCCCGAAAUGGACGCGUGGAUGGAAGUCGCAAAACGAGGAAUACAAGCUUGUGCUGAAGAGGAACAGCGUGAACGUCUGAGAGCGUCUCGCGCUACGGGCGGUGCGGCGCGGCGCCGUAGCGCGGACGACAGCGGGCGCGUGCUCAACCCACCGCUGGCCGCAGCGCUGGCGCACGCGUUGGUCGCACACAUACUAGCCAUGGACGCUACGUUGCACGCAGAUCAAUUGUUACUAGCCGCAAAGGUGAUCGGGCGACUCUGCGCUCUGUGCGGCAGCGCAGCUUUACCGGACGCGGGCGGCGUGCUCGGACUGGCGCGCAUGGCCGUGCGUUUACCGCCCUGGCCGAGACAUGCGCUUACUGCCCUGCUACAGGAUCUGGUAGAAUACGAAAAUGGUGAAAUAAGCACGUCCCCGAGCGAAGAUUGGGGAGGCGCCGGUUCUUCGAGAGUUAUUCGAGUGGGUGACACCGAUAUUGGAUUUGGGAAGACACCAAUCAAACGACCUAGUCCUACAGUAUAUUUGAUGACACUAGGGUACCCGCUUUCGCAAGUGGCCGAGUCGGACGAUUGGAGAUUUGACGAGAAAGUGGCGGAGCACUUGGCUAAGGCUGCGAAAUUUUCCAGGACAAAAACAGUCGUAGAAUCCAAUGUAAGUACGGUGUCAAGCUGUACAGACGCUCGCUUGGAGAGCGGCGCGGCGGCGGGCGGGGAGGCGUUGGCGCGGCGCGUGUUGGCCGCCAGUGCAGCGGCGCUACCAGUGGCGUUGCGUGCAUCCCCCCUCCGGCCUCGUGCUCCGCCCACUCCGCCUGACGACGCCCCUGUGGACACGCCCGAUGCUACAACUCCUCUGUCACCGGAACGAACUCGCCAGCCACCCCUUGCUCACACUCUGUAUGAUGUCUUCAGACACCUGGCGCUAGAAUUUGACAACCAGACGGACUGUACGUAUAUCGAGAAUGUGGUGUCGUUGUGGCUGACGUUGAACGGAUCGGCGUGGAACGGUAGCUCUAGCAGCGGCACCGCGGCGUGGUCGCUGGGCACGCCCGCUGACGCGCCGCGUGUGCGCUUCGCUACGGACUCCAUCACCGCGCUACUUAGGGCACUCGUCAGAAUAGAAAAUGUGUCGCUGAGAUGUUGGGUUCUAUCGAUGCAGGCGUUGGCUUGGAUAGCUAAUCUUCCGCUUUUGAAAGGCAGUAUGCAAACCAUGGGGCGUGUAAUCUUGGAAUGUGAAUACUUUGUUCCGGCUCUGGUCAAGUUUGUGUCCAUGGACGUGAGUUCAGAUGGAUCCGUUGUCUCCUCUGAACCAUAUUUGGGCGGGACAAUGGGCGGAGCCGGCGCGGGUGCGACGGCAGCUCUCGGUGGCGUGCUAGCUCGUGUCGUAAAAGCGCGUGGAGAAGCAGGAGCUCUGGCGACGCUGCGAGCUUUAGCAGCGCUGUGGACGCGGCCUGCAGCGCCGCCGUCCGCGCUCGACCUGCACGCGGCACUGUUACGGGCUGCACACGCGCUCCUACCAGCAUUGGCUCCCGCGCAUUUAUCCCACGCAUUGCCACUCAUCGACGCCGUCGCGGAGCAGUGUGCGUGGUGGGUGCGUGAAGGCGGCGGCGGGCGCGCUGAGGGCGGUUCCGAGGCUCGGUUGUCGGGGCUGCUAGCGGAUGUGCUGGUGCCGGGCGGCACGCGUCGCGCCCCGCUGCGCCGCGCGUUACUGCACCAGCUACUCAACUAUUGCCGUCGCCUGCUCGCUGUGCCGUACACGAAUCGUUUGUCCCAAACUGACGAAAGCAAAGCUCAAAAUAACGCCGCAGAAAUGGAAGGAACUAAUCUCGAGGACGAGAAAAAACAACAAGCGCCGAAAGUACCGUGUUUGGCAGAUACGGUCUUAAAACGUCCUAACAUAAUGCAAAAAUUCUACAAGGCCUUAUCGUUCUGCGACGGCAUGAGAUUAGUGCUUAGUCCCAGUGGAAAUGGUGAAUCUUCAUCUGUUAACUGGACUUUGAAAGAAGAAGUAUACUGGCUGGUAGCCCAAAUCCCUUCGGUUGCUACGAAUCCAGUGCUUAUGCUCACCAGUUUAAUGGAAUAUCUGAGGAAAGAAGAAGUAGUACACUUGUCUCAAGGAAUGCAGAAUCUUAUCGUGAGACUGUUCUAUAAGCCGGAAGUAUUAAACGCGUUUUUGGACGCUGGAGGUAUGGAGCUUGCUGUUGAUAAAUUAACGUCUUGUCACCAGGCUGGUCCCAGCAAUAAGCAAGGACUGGUGUCCUCUCUCAUGAAUCAUUUGAAGCUACCGCCGCAACUUAUUAAUUUAUCGACACCGGCCUCCACUAAGAAAACACAGCCAUCAGUUGUCGAAACAACGAAUGGACUUGUUAAUAUUGCACCACUUUGUACGGUGACCUGCGGUAAUCCUACCGCCCAGUCAGCGGAUGUAUUACUGGGCGGCGGCGGCGCGUGCGCUGCGCGUAGAGUGCGCGCGGCGGCGUGGACGUACCAUUUCUACAGCUCCGAGGACGCCGCGCUCGCGCUCACCGUCACGCUGCCGUACGCGGCGCGACUGCACGAGAUACAACUGCAACCGCACCUCACCAGCCUUGCCACUUGCCCGGGUGCGGUCGGCGUGGAGGCGGGUUGCGGGGGUACGGUGGCGCCGCUGGGCGCGCCGCAGAGUACGGCCGGCAUGACGUCCAUCCGGCUCGUGGUGGCGCAGCCCGUGGUCUGCAAUACGGUGCUGCUGCGCCUCUACCGACCUAGGGACAGCUCCAACAUGGGCUUGCUCCAGCUCCGACUGCUAGUGGCGCCAGCCUUUGCGCCGCCCGAUCGACAUUUACCCGAUUCGAAUUCCUACACAAACCGUUGGGCACGUAUAGUGUGGACAUGCACUCGAGCCCGUCCCGAGCGCGCCGUGUGGGCGACUGGAGGGGCGGGGGCUGCGGCGGUGCGGGCGCUGUGUGCGUGCGUGGUGGCGGGCGGACCGGCGGCGCAACACGCGCAUCUGGCGUUGCUAGCUGCCGCGCGAGCGCUGCCUGCCGCGCGCCCACAGUUGCUCACUGCAUUACUGUCUAUGGAUGCACACGCGCAUGCUCACGCAUUCCAAAGCGGUUCGUCGAGUCAGUGGGGCGGCAGCGUGGGCGCGGUGUGCGCGCUGGCGCAGGCGCUGUGUCGGUGGGGCGCGGACGGCUGCGCGCGAGCGUACGUGAGCUGGCUGAGCGCCGCGGCCGAGCGUUGGCUGCGAGAGCGUCGCGCGCCCUCUGCUGCGUUAAUACACACGCUCGCCGAGGUUCUGUGGAUGUUAAAAGCUGAGUGGCUUCUCGACAAUUUACAAGAUCUAAUAACGGACGAUCUUUUCGAAUUAGUGUAUAUGUGGAUAAAAGACGUACCCGAAACAAGUCUUCUGAAAAAAGCACUAGAUGCUGUGCUCUGCUCCAUGUGCUACAUUCGACCAGAACUAUUUAAAUUGCUGAUGGAACAAAUGGAAAUUCCAAUUGUAAUGGACGAAAGCAUGGAAUGUUUGACGGACGACACGAAGGUGCAGCAGCCGGCGGCCACAGCGGCGCGGUCACUCGACGGUUUCGCGUCGCGACUGCACAGCUGGCAACUGCGGUCGCUCGCCGCCGCGUCGCUGUCCGCCACCGCCACGCACACGAUGCUGCACAGCUCGCUGCCUGCCGCGCUAGUGAGCGCUAUUGCAGAUUUUAGUGAGGCGAAACUUGAAUCGAUCUUAUCACAACAAAACGCCCAAAAGUUGGAUAAAGAUGCUACUAUGUGUGACUCCGACGCUGAAGAUUCUGAGUCGAGUAUGUCCGAGGAGUGUCCGCCCGCAUUUGCAGACAGCGUCGAUUUGCCGUCGAUGAAGAACGCGUGUGAGCUGGUGUGGUGGGCGCGGCUGGUGUGCGCCGACCGCCGGCUCAAGGACUGGCUCGGCGGCCCCGGUGCGAUCUUCUGGCGCCCGCUGCUGCGUCUGCUCUGUCACCCGAGACCCGCUGAGAGUACAUGGCAAGAAGGAGCGUUGUACUCACAGCUGGAAGAAAAUACGAUACGACUGUUCGCGGAACUAACGGUGUGUCAUCCAGCCAAUCAAAAAUUAUUCGCUUCGACUCUUCAUAGUAUCCUCGAAUCAAUGCCGCAUACUGGUGCGGAGGGUAUAUCUGGUUUCACGCGCGCGCUGAUCCUGCGGUUGGUGUUGUCUGGCGAGCGUGUGACGGUGGCGCUGCGGUGGGCGAGCACAGCGGGCGGGUCGGGUGCUGGAGCGGCCGGCUCCGCCCCCGCCGCCCCGCCCGCCUCGCGACACCCCGCCGCCGCCUGCCAAGACCUGCUCACGCUGCCCGUACACACCACCGUGCGCGCCGUGCUCACGGAUCACUGCCCGCCAAUUCCGGCUAUGGACGAGUCGAGUCAAGCAGGCUCGACGAGCCCCGCGGCGGGUGCGGGCGUCGAAACAGGCUCCGGUUCUGUGUUGCGGAGCGCCUCUGAUACGGACAUCAUGACCGUAGCGGAGGCCUGGGAGUUGUCGCUCGCGGCCGCCAGUGCUUCAAAGGACAAGCGGCUGAAAGACGUCAAGAAUACGACACUCAAACAACAAAUCAAAAUAAAGCGACAAUCCAAAAAUAACGACGCAAUUGCACUCUCUGUCACUGAUGAUUUGCUCGAGUCAUCAAUACGGGUACAAGUCGACGGCAUAGACGGUUACAUUCCACCGCAGACCACGCUCGCACAAAUUCUUGCAGCUGCGCCCCACGAAUUCGGACCACACUUGACGCUCAAUGUUCACUUAGAUACCAGCGGUGAACCGUGGUCGGGCGUCACUAGUUCGGGCGUUCCACCGCAAGACACGAACAGCGGCAGCGCCAUCUUGCGGUCGUUCGGCGCGUGCGGCGGCCUCGCGCUGGUGGCGGCCCGCCUGCCGCGCCCGCACGCAGCGCCCGCGCCGCCGCCGCCGCAUCACACACACCACGACCUCGACUGGGUCAAGCUCGACGAUCCAUACGAGGAGGUAGUGGAAGUGGGCACUGUGGGUGGCGGCGCGGCGGCGGGUGGGAGCGCUGCGGAGGAGGGGUGCGCGGGGGUGCCGACGCACGCGUUGCUGGCUCUGGCGCUGCUGCUCAAGCUGCCGGGCUACGCGGCGGCGCUGCUCGACGAGGGGCCGCGCGCCGUGCAUCUGCUGCGUCUGCUGUUGGGUGUCGCGCACGACGAGGACGGACGCAACAUCGUGGCGAGCGGCGGCAACGGCGGAUCGCGACAGUCGCUAGGUACGCUGCCGUUCCGAGUAGUGGGGGCGUUGUUGGAGGCGGCGCCGCUAACCUCCGCCGAGGGCCGCACGCUGCGUCGCGCGCUGCUGCAUCUGGGCGCCGUGCGGCUUGUGCUCGCCUGCCUCGCCGUUUUCACGCACCACAAGCCCACUGGACAGAACAAUCAAAACCCAAACGGAGGGGGCAAGAACGAGGAGAAGUCCCAGUUGUACUGGGCGAAGGGUACCGGUUUCGGCACCGGCUCCACGCAGCAGUCGUGGAACGUGGAGCAGGCGCUAGUGAGACAACGCAUAGAAGAGGAGCACGUCACCGUGCUACUGCAGGUGUUGGUAUCGUACAUGAACCCGGGCGAGAAGUGGCCGCCGGAGGAGGGAACAGGCGAAGCGGGGGGCGUGGCCUCGGACGACGGCGACGACGACGAGACGCCGCUCGAUCUGCCGCGCGAGUUCGUCGACCUGCUCGCCACCAGCUCCCUCGUCCCCGCCAUAUGCUCCUACCUCAGAAACGAUUCAGUGCUGGACAUGUCUCGCCACAUACCCCUGUAUGUGUGCGUGUUGAGGGCGGUGCGCGCGCUGCGGGCGCUGCGCUGCCGCCGCAUAUCCACCGCGCUGCGUCCCCUACCGCGCCUGCUACACAGCAUGAGUCGGACUACCAACUCUUAUGCCACCAAGCUCAGGAUGAGCAAGAAGAAUAUAUUUGGGAAGAUGACAUAUAGCCAAAGAUUUAGUACAUCAAGUAAUUCUGAGUUAUCCGAGGAAGACGAAGGACUCGCUCUACUCAUUGCUGACAUACAGGCGACGUCGGCGCUGAUGUGCCGUGCGGACGGCGACGUAGACGGCGCGGGUCUGCCGCGCUCGCUGCAGGGCGCCAGCCGCGAGGCGCGAUACAUCGACCUCAUGAGGACUAUGCAGUUCGAGACGUUUGAAAUGAUGACGGCGAACGCGGAGGGCGGGUUCCGGUUCACGGUGCCGUACCACUUCGAGAGUGCAGUACGCGCGGCGGGCGAGCGCGCGCACCCCGCUCGCAUGAAGCGUCUGGCGCAGGAGGCCGCCACGCUCGCCACCAGCCUGCCCCUUUCGUAUAGCUCCUCCGUCUUCGUGCGGACGGACACCGACCGCCUAGACGUCAUGAAGGUAUUGAUCACCGGUCCGUCGGAUACGCCGUACGCCAACGGCUGCUUCGUACUGGACGUGUACUUCCCGGCGGAGUACCCGGCCGUGCCCAUGCUCAUCAACCUGGAGACCACGGGCCGCCACUCCGUGCGCUUCAACCCCAACCUGUAUAACGACGGCAAGGUGUGCCUUUCCGUGCUCAACACCUGGCACGGCCGCCCCGAGGAGAAGUGGAACGCGCACACCUCCAGCUUCCUACAGGUGCUGGUGUCCAUCCAGUCGCUAAUCCUAGUGCCGGAGCCGUACUUCAACGAGCCCGGCUACGAGCGCAGUCGCGGCACGCGCGUCGGCAACAGCGCCUCCACCGAGUACAACUCCACCAUCUACCAGGCGACCGUCCGGUGGGCUAUGCUCGACCAUCUGCGUUCGCCCGAGCCCUGCUUCAAGGAGGUGAUCCAGACCCACUUUUGGAUUAAACGGAACGAGAUAAUGCAAACCGUCGCCAACUGGAUCACGGAGCUGGAGGGACAGACGGGCGACGAGCGCACGCAGCGCAGCAUACAGCUCAACCUCAUGGCGCUCAAGAGACACUACGUAAAGCUGCAAGAGGAGCUGGCGAAGCUGCCGGUGCCGGCCGGACUGGAGGACCUCGACGAGCCGUUCCAGCUGCCCGCCGCGCCGGACGCGCCCCCCGCCGCGGCCGCCCCGCCUGCUGGCGCGCCGCGCACCAGCGACGAGAUCGACCAUGACAUGGAGAAGAUCGUGUCGCAGGUUCUCGACUGAGCGACCCGCGGCCCCGCCCCGUCGCCGCGCCCCCAGAUUCGUUUGCGGUUGCCCUCCGAUUGCCUUUGUCCGGGCGCCUUUUUCGGUCUGCCGGGAGGAAUUUUUUUGACGAAAUCGAGGAUCGAGAAAUGUGUCAGGAGAUCACGACGACGGGACGAGUGCGUCUAGGCUGCUGAGUUCCCUCCCCCCGGAGCCCGCCCCGCGUCGCUCCGCGACCACGCGUUCCCCGGACGCGUGACCUUUACGGCAUUUAUUUUGUAGAACCCUCGAGCGUAAAUAUUACUGUAACUAUUGUAUUUAUUUCUUCGGAUCGUCUCGCUCGACCGUCGAAUACGUGCACAUAACCCGUUAUCGUUAGUCAUGUAUUUAAUUUGUAUUAUGUGUUUAAUUUUUUAUACAAAUAUAUUUUAAUAGGUGUAUAGUUAGAAGAAAUGGGGGGCCCACGUUUAGUUAAAGUAUAUUGUGAUAUAGUGCGGGCUCGCCUCGCCUCGCUCCGGUGGAGGCUGGGAGCGGUCGGCGUACGCCCCCGUGUUGAUGCGCUUUCGAAGUAACGCGGACGCGAUCCGCGCUAAUUAUUGUGUUAAUCCUAACCUCACUGUCACUUGUCGAUUUUGUCUGGAAGUGAUAUUUUAAUAUGUGUAUAUUAAAUUAUAAUUUGAUGUAUAUACUAUUUUAAUUGCGUUUUAUUUGUAUCUAAGAUUAUAUUAUAU